UACCGAAACAAAGAAACGGGCAGAUGACGCUGCAGCAGCAGCGAGCAGGCACAUCUGCUGGCGAUUGAAGCACAACGCCAGCAUGACGAGGCAGCAGCAAGGGCUGCCGAUGAAGAAAGACACCAACGUCGUGAGAAGAUAUUUACCGGAGAGCAGGCUUUACUCACAAUGGCAGCGGAAUGGCGGACCGAGGCCGAGAAUGGCAAGUUGGAGGAUAGCACAAACAAGAUAGCGCUCCUCCUCCAGGAGGAGAUCCACGGUCUCGACAACUCGCUAACUCACGUCCAAGACCGCCUUCAGCGGUUGGAGCAGCGACCAGUCGCCGCCGCCGAUGCAAGCUCUUCCAAUACCUCUGACCGCCUCAACGCAUUGGAGAUGGACGUCGGCUCACUCAAGGAUGGCGUGCAAUUACAGCAGACCGCGACGCAACAGUUGCAACAGCGGAUCUGCACUACCGCCAACACCUCGAGUUCGGAACCGCGCGAGACAGCUCCAAAGUUCGACGGGCAGGAGAUCUUCUGCGACUCAAUGAAGAUAGAUCCGAUUCCAUGGUUCCGCAAGUUCCAGCUCACGUUGCAGCUGCACAAUGUCAAAGAACACAAGCACCACGCAUACUUGUACUCUCGCUUAGGGGGCGCGUGCCAGGCUUGGUUGGACAACCUCUUGUCCAAGUACGGAGUGAUAGCUGCCGACUUGCACACCAAGAUCAGUUGGGAUGAUUUGAAGGCGGCGUGGCACAAGCGGUUCCAGGUGGAGCCGCCGGAGAUCAAAGCCAUGGACAAGCUCAUGGUCUUCGAGCAAGACACGUUGCCGAGUACCGACUGGAUCGCCGAGUACCAACGCUUGACGUCAGUCCCAGACAUCCAGAUGGGCUUCAAAGCCAUCCGCCAUUACUUCAUCUCAAGGUCAUACGCUGGGCUGCCCAUUGAAAGGCAAGGGCAAACAGGGAAACUGAGCACCGCCGAGAGUGACUCGACGACACUCUCGACGCCUUCGGAACCGGUUUCUUCGCGAGUAACCGGCCUUCAUUCCGAGGCGCACGCGGAAGUCGAUAGUCCUCCUCUUCUACUUUCUUUUGAGGACUAUGCUGCCCGGCUCGUUCCUGCGCUGGGUACUCAAGCUCAAGGACAAGAAGUGUGUGCAGUUUCUUCUCCGUCCGGCAACGGUGACAUAUCGUCUUCAAGUGGUUCUUCACGGGAUUCGGCAUGCGAAAUCAACAUAGAGACAUUGGACCCACUCACGUCCGAGGACUUUGCAUGGCUUCCUCUCCUCACCAUAGGCCGCUUGCCGGGACUGCAAUGCGCAACACUUAGCGCUCAUCUCCACACUUACUUAUCCUUCUAUGCACCACCAACUUCGCCGACGGAUGACGAAGUCGCGGUGGGGGACAUCCUGGCGUAUACUACCAAGGUGGCCCGCGAGUUUCGCACGCAGCGGUACGAUGGCAACAAUGCACCGCUCAUGUAUGUCUGCAUUCAGGUUGGGCAAGCGUCCUGCAACGCUUUGCUAGAUAGCGGUGCGUCUCGCAAUUUCAUGAGCCAAUCCUUUAUGCAAAGGGCUGGCCUUGGUGCACAAGUUCGGAGGAAGGCAAACCCGAUGGCGAUCAAGUUGGCGGAUGGAAAGAUGCAACAACUUGUCGACCGUUACAUCGAGGCCAUAACGGUCUGCUUCGCACCUCAUGCAUGCGAACCGGUGACAUUCGAUAUUCUCGACAAGGAAUUCGACAUCAUUCUGGGAAUGCCUUGGCUUGCAAGUGCGGAUCACACGGUCAACUUCCAUCGGCGGACUCUUACCGUUCGCGACGCCUUCGGCGUGGAAGUGGCAUGUACUAUUCCUCUACCGCACCCUUCGAUCCGAUGCCAAGUGGUGACGACCAAAUCAUUCCGGGCGACAUGCGCUUACGAGCAGCCCGAGGAGAUCGGCCUAUGUUUUCUACGGACAAUCGCGGUAACCGACUCUUCACCCACGGACUUGUCUUCGGACCCCCGUGUGGUACGGUUGCUGGACGAGUUCGCCGACAUCUUCGAGUCACCUACCGUUGUGGUGCCGGAUCGGCCGAUCUCUCACAAGAUCAUUCUUGAGGCCGGUGCCGUGCCACCGAAAGGUUGCAUCUAUCAGAUGAGCGAGGAGGAGCUUGAGGUCCUCCGCGCACAACUCGACGAUUUAUUGGCCAAGGGCUGGAUCCGCCCUAGUAGCUCCCCAUAUGGAGCACCAGUUCUCUUCGUCARGAAGAAGAACAAGGAUCUACGACUGUGUAUCGACUAUCGCAAGCUCAACGCGCAAACCGUCAAGAAUGCGGGGCCUCUUCCCCGCAUCGACGAUCUUCUUGAGCGACUGGGCGGCGCAAAAUAUUUUUCUAAAUUGGAUUUGAAAUCGGGAUAUCAUCAAAUCUCGAUCCAGCCGAUCGAUCGCUACAAGACCGCGUUCAAAAUGCGGUACGGGCAUUUUGAGUGGGUGGUCAUGCCUUUUGGCCUCACCAAUGCCCCGACGACCUUUCAAGCGGCAAUGACCAAUGAAUUCCGUGCAAUGUUGGACCGUUUCGUGCUGGUCUACAUAGACGAUAUUCUCGUCUAUAGCCGGUCAUUGGAGGAUCACCUUGGGCAUCUUCGACGAGUGUUGGAGACGCUCCGCCGCGCCAAGUACGAAGCCAACCACGACAAGUGUGAAUUUGUUCGGCAAGAGCUGGAAUACUUGGGCCAUUUUGUCACACCAGAGGGCAUCAGUCCGCUAUCGGACAAGAUUCAGACCAUCCAAGAGUGGCUGGAACCUCGGAACGUCACGAAUGUCCGCUCAUUCCUCGGUCUUGACGGCUACUAUCAGCGCUUCAUCAAAGGCCACUCAAAGAUCGAGGCCCACUUAAACAAGCUUCAAUGCGAGGAUCGGCCGUUUGACUUCGGAGAGGAGGCGCGGGGAUCAUUCUUCGCUCUCAAAGCCGCGCUAUUGUCUGCGGAGGUCUUGCGGAUAUACGACCCGCUCUUGCCUACGCGCGUCACUACGGAUGCGUCAGGCUACGGCAUUGGUGCAGUCCUCGAGCAACAUGAUGGUGUGGACUGGCACCCGGUCGAGUACUUCAACAAGAAAGUGCCCAUCGUGCAUUCCAUUGACGAUGCACGCAAGAAGGAGCUCCUCGCCUUCGUCCACGCGCUCAAGCGGUGGCGGCAUUUCCUCCUUGGUCGAAGCCAAUUUUGCUGGGUAACGGACAACAAUUCGUUGGUCUUCUACAAGACCCAAGACACCGUCAACAGCACCAUCGCCCGAUGGAUGGCUUUCAUCAACCAGUUCGACUUCUUUCCCGAUCACAUUCCCGGGAAGUCGAACCGUUUUGCGGAUGCUCUUUCACGGCGUCCGGAUCAUUGUACCGUGGUUUACUCAACCUUCGAGAUCGACGAUGACCUGCGGAACAGCUUCAUCCGCGGCUACCAAGCCGACCCCGAGUUUCGCGACAAGUACGUGAAUUGCUCCUCUCCUAAUCUGGCUCCUUCUCACUACCGGAUCCAAGAGGAGUACUUGCUUGUCCACACGCGGCGGAAGGACCUUCUUUGCGUACCGAGUGAUCCUCACUUGCGUACACGGCUUCUUGGCGAGUUCCACGAUGCUCCCGCCACCGGACACUUUGGAGUCAAUCGCACGAUUGGCCGACUUCGCCAACGAUUUUGGUGGCCUGGCCUUCUCGGCGACGUCACGCGCUAUUGCGAGUCAUGCGAGGUUUGCCGACGCUGCAAAUCCCGCAACCAUCGUUCGUACGGCGAGUUACAACCAUUGCCAGUCCCGUUGAGGCGAAGGGAAGCGAUUGCCAUGGACAUUACCGGCCCGUUCCCCAAGCACAAGACCGGAAUGGAUGGGAUUCUCACGGUGGUCGACCGACUCACCAACUUCGCCAUGUUUUUGCCUUGUCGCUAUCACGCCAAGGCACCAGAGUUGGUCGAGAAGGACUGGGUUGAGCGGCUGCCGGACGUCGAGUUGGCCUACAACUCUUCCAUUCACUCGGCUAUUGGGAUAUCGCCUUUCGAGUUCGAGCACGGCUCGCCGGUCACUUCACCGUUGGUCACUAUUACUCCACGCACGGCCGAGAGCGACGACCAUCUUCUUUUCUUGCAUCGGAUGCAAGAGCUUCUUGUCAAGGCACGCAACCAGAUGGCUAAGACGCAGCAGCGCAUGAGCCAGCAGGCCAAUCGCCAGCGUCUUCCCUGUCCAUUCCGCGCCGGUGACCUCGUCUGCGUUUCCGCAGCGGAAUUCAGCCUUGAACAAGACAUCUCUCGCAAGCUCCUCCCGAAAUGGAUGGGGCCUUGGCCGAUCAUAGCACCCGCUGGGGAUGCACCAGAAGGACCUUCCUUCAUGAUUCAGCUGCCUGGCCACGUGCCUGUCUACCCAGUCUUUCAUUGCUCCAAGUUGGCUCUUUACACACCAGCGGAACAUGACGAUUUUCCCGGGAGACGUACGCAAGACCCACCUUCUAUGGACGGUUUUCAGGAGGUCGGCGACAUCAUCUCCCAGCGACGCUAAGGCAACAAGCCAACUGAGUAUUUGGUGCACUUUGCAUACUGCACACACCGAGCUGACCGUUGGUUAGCCCGUGCGGAACUUCAAGCAACAGCUCCAGACCUUCUCGCACGCUACGAACGC